AAAACCCCUAAUUCCCUCCAUAUAUCCAAAUAGGGUUUCAGAGUUCAAUUAUCACGAGCAGCCGCCUCUGUAGCAACGUCCAGCAGCAGCAACAAUGGCGAGAAUCAAGGUUCAUGAGCUGAGGAACAAGUCGAAGCCUGAUCUACUGUCUCAGUUGAAGGAUUUGAAGCAAGAGCUUGCUCUUCUUCGUGUGGCGAAGGUCACUGGUGGUGCUCCUAACAAGCUCUCCAAAAUCAAGGUGGUAAGGUUGUCUAUUGCACAGGUUCUGACUGUGAUUUCACAGAAGCAAAAAGCUGCUCUUCGGGAAGUUUACAAGAACAAGAAAUACCUGCCUCUUGACCUGCGCCCAAAGAAAACUAGGGCCAUCCGCAAACGUCUGACUAAGCACCAGGCAUCCUUGAAGACGGAGAGAGAGAAGAAGAAGGAGAUGUACUUCCCUUUGAGAAAGUACGCCAUCAAAGUGUAAGCUAGGAUCUACUUUGGCAGAAAUUUUGGUGUUUGAAUCAGGAUAUAUUGGUUUAAACUAUUUAUCAUGCACAUUUUGUUUAGCUUUCUCUCAUUUGGCUCGUAUGACAUUAGAAACAUGACUUAUAAGGAGCUUUAUUUGUUCCAAAAUAUCAAGUGUUUGGCUAUUUUAUGUUCAAGAGUUCUUUGUUCAUUGGA